AUGAAUCAGCCUGUGAUUCUUCAUCUGUAUUCUCGUGACCGUGAAGCACUGCGUGGUCUGGUACUUGAACUGGAGGAUACAUGUGCUCCUCUGCUGGCCAAGGUCGUAGCUACUGACAAUUAUGAGGAGGCGUUUGGGGAUGCUGAUUACGCCUGUUUGGUCGGUUCGCCGCCUCGUCAAGCUGGUAUGGAGCGCUCGGAUUUACUCCAAGUGUCGGGGGCUUUGUUUAAGNNNNUUAUACUUAGUUUUAGCAAUUAG